UUGAUUGUGCAGCAGCCAUAUUAUUAUGAAGCCAGAGUGCAUUAUUGGGUCUUAUGACUGAGCAGGCUGUUUAUGGCUCUCUUAAAUGACUUUGUUCCAUGUCAGGUUUGCACUGACUCACAUCUUAGCUCAACAUUAUAAGAUCACUUUUCGAGUUGCUGGUUGGAAUCUGCUUUAUGCUGAAACUGAAGAGAACAUUUAAUUUGGGGCAGGGGCUGGAGCAGAGCAGCAUUUCUGGCCGAGUUUCUGGUGCUGCCAGUGCCUGCAGCCUCUGAAGCACGGCUCGUCUUUGAAGGCCCCGCCCGGUGCCAGGCGCCCUCGUUACUACCACGUUCGGCUGCGAGUUAUUACGGCCCAGCUUAGAGCACUGCAGCUUAUGGAUUCCUGCCCUGCUUUGCUCUGAAGACUACAACUGCUAAGUCAGUAGCCACUAGCCACAGGUGGCGAUUAAAUUAAUUUAAAUGAAAUGAAAAUUUCUGCACCUUGGUUGCCCUAGCCACGUUUCAAGGGCUCAGUGGCCAUGUUGUGGCCCAUGACCUACCAUACUGGGCAGUGCCUCUGUGGACCAUUUCUUUUGUUGCAGAAAGUUCUACUGAUGGGGCAGUGCUGGUCUAGAUUGAAGUAGGAGGGGUGGAAAUAGGAAAAUAGUAGCUGCUUGCAUGUUGAUUUUUCUCUCCACUCCAUUAAACCUAGGGGCUCAUCUGUGUUGUCUGUAAUGAAGAGCGCCAGACUCUGAGCCGUAGCCUGAAUUCUUGUCCAGAAUUCAGCACGCUGGCAGCGAGCAUAGCCAACAGGAUGCCACGUGUCCCAUUGGCGUCUGUGAGACACCUCUGCCCACCUAGGAGAGCACAGUGCAGGGCCAGCUCGGACCACCUCACAGACAGCCCUGGGCGUCCCUGAGUUUCCCCGCGGUGGCUGUGGAAUGGUGAGCUUGUCGGCCACGGACUGUUACAUCGUGCAGGAGAUCUACAAUGGGGAGAACGCGCAAGACCAGUUUGAGUACGAGCUGGAGCAGGCCUUGGAGGCGCAGUACAAGUACAUCGUCAUCGAGCCCACCCGCAUCGGGGACGAGACGGCGCGCUGGAUCACCGUGGGGAACUGCCUGCACAAGACCGCCGUGCUGGCCGGCACCGCCUGCCUCUUCACCCCGCUGGCGCUGCCCCUGGAUUACUCCCACUACAUCUCCCUGCCUGCGGGCGCGCUGAGCCUGGCCUGCUGCACCCUCUACGGCAUCUCCUGGCAGUUCGACCCGUGCUGCAAGUACCAGGUGGAGUACGACGCCUAUAAACUGUCGCGCCUGCCCCUGCACACGCUCACCUCCUCCACCCCGGUGGUGCUGGUCCGCAAGGACGACCUGCACAGAAAGAGACUGCACAACACGAUAGCCCUCGCCGCCCUGGUGUACUGUGCAAAGAAGGUCUACGAGCUCUACGCCGUAUGAUCCCGGCCGCCAGGAGAGCAGCGCAGCCCAGCCCGCGGGAGGCCGCCACAGGGACAUUCUCUGCUCUGAAGCCGCAGAGCCCGGGAAGGCGUUUGGUUUAGUAUUUGUUGUUUUUUUUAAAAUAACAGAGAUCACGGUGUACCAAGGGUUUUUUCAGCUCCUUACACUAAGAUGUGAUUUCCGUAACCCAGGAGGGCCUGAAGCUGUGGAAGUCAGAUUGGGCGGCAGAAGGCUGGAGGAAGCAAACGCUACUGAGGGGGUGUGAGCGCGCUUUUUUGGGGGGAGGGGGUCUUUAAAGUAUAUUGUUUUACUGUACCAUCCAGAGUCAACCAGAAGAUAUUUACCAUUAAAAUGAUGAGAAUUUCACAUUCAGCCGUUUCUCCUUCCAAGACUCCCUGAGCUGCUCCCAGCCCCUCUGCUCAGUGGCACAAACAAGCACACGGGAGCGUCCUGUCACGUCCACUACGAGGCCCCCCGGGGGGUGCUGGGCCAGCUCCCGGCCCCUGGGAGCCUUGUCCUCCGAGGCCAGCACUGCCCACCUAUUCCUGAGUGAGGCCUCAGGUCCUGGGGGCCCCAUCUGGCUCAGGAACUCAGGGACUGGGGCUGUCUCCAGAGAUUCUGUUUUAGGAGGAAGCAGACUAACAUCUGUGUUUGGUAAAGCACCAAAGCUGCUGGUGAAGUGGGUCUCGAGUUGAGCCCUCCACCACGUCCUCGAGGCGCUGCCAGCCUGGGGAGCCACCCCCUGCUCCACAGCGAGUCACACUUUCCUCCGUCCCUCCCAAGGGGCCCUGGAGCAUGUCUCCCACAAACUCCUCCACAAGAGGUCAGAGCCCCCCAACAACUGCCAUUUCUGUCGCCCCUCCCCCCCCAACUGCCGUUUCUGUCACCCAGAAGAGCUGUACGUGGCUUCUUAUAGAAACACCAGUUAAGAAACAACAGGUUGAUCUCUGUUUCUGACCCAUCGGGAAGCUCUGUUGCCAGACUAACUCUCCCUGGGGGCAUGGGAAGGCUGCAGGGAGGUCGAGUGCCCCAGGCAUUCAAAGGGUUUAGAAAGUGACCACGAAGAGCUUAAGGAACCUGAGUGUAAUUCCCAGGACCCUGGAAGUGCUGGUCUCAGUUGCGCGGCGGGUGGGGUUAGGCACCUGCUGGUCUACACAGCGUUUGGAAAUGUGAACGGGUACAUGAGGAUCCAAAAUACACCCCUCGUCCGGGCAGCAUGUGGUCACAUCCUGGUGCCCCUCGGGUGGCUGGGUACCGGCUUCCGGGCCUGCUGGGGGGCAGGUGCUUUCAUAACACCAGGCCCAGAUUUGCAAAGGGAGCCCCUUGCCCGGCCUGACGUGCUUUGUCUGCAAAUUGAUGCCAUGGGGAGAGGUGGCUGGAGUCAGGUCGGCAGUGAGGGCUGCAGGUCAGCUGAGCAGAGCCCUUGCCCAGAACACGAGCCUGGUACAGACAGCGCUCCCCCCACCUCCCCAGCGGCAUUGGCCAGAGUGGUUCUUGUUGGCUGAACUAACCUGGGUUCGGAGCCACCAUCGUAGUCACACGUCUCAUGGCCAAGGGGAUGGGGGCAUGGGGUGCUUGGUCAGGGGGCAGGCUGCCGCCCUCCCGUCCUCGGUGUGUAAAGCUGAGAGCCUCAGCUCCCCCGUGUGAGCAGUGCUUCCUCUGUUCAGUGCUGGGUCUGUCUCACUCAGACUGGUCACCUCGAAGCGCCUGACAGACGGGUUGUGCUGAUCUGUGUUGUGUCCUGGUGCCCUGAAGAGAGCAUCAGAUAACUAUCAACUGAGAGGCAGCAAAAGGCUGGGGUGCUUGGGCCUCCUCUGCGAAUUCAGGGCUUCUGUGUGCACCUCUCAGGGAGUGGAGCUUGUAACACAAGCAACUCCUGUUUACUACCCAGCCCACCCGAUUUCAGGGAGGGUGAAGAACCUUCACUGGAAGGUCAGCUAACUGGGAAGGGUCCAGGAGCAGACCCUGGCACACCUCGGACUCCGUGACUCCUCGCUGCAGUCGGGCAUGCCCUCGAGUCUCCGCAUCUGCUUUAGCAGCGGCUGGUCCCUGGCGAGGGCCGGGAAGGAGCUCCCGCCGUCGGGGCCUGUCAGUGCGGCACCACCCCGGGCCGCAGCUCCUCUCCAUCCACUCCGGGAUGAGCCAAGCCAGCAGAUGCUGCCUGACGGGUGCCUGGUUUUAAUUUUCAGCCUUUGGUUUUGGCAUAAAGCACUAGAUCAGAGGCUUGCAGAGCCAAGUGGAAAAUGCCUAUGAACCUUAUCAGACAUCUGAAGGUGAACCCAUGAAACCCCCAGCAGCACUGAAGGAUGAGAGAGACGGCAAAGGAAACCUUUGAGGAGAGAAAAGAGAAACUGGAACAGCCACAAACAUUCACGCUCAGACGUGCUGAUCUGAGCAACAUGUCCGGUUGUGAGUGUCUGUCGAAGAGCAGAUGGGCUCUGAGUGGGUAAGGGGGGCAGAAAUAACUCAGGAAAGAAUUCUUCCCAGUUGGCACCCUGGCACAGGAAGACGUCACCUAAGGAAGCCUUCUCCUGGGGCACGGGACCUUGUGUUUUUGAUAAUUCCUUCGCAAGUGUCAUUUGAUGUCAGUCAACACGUCCACAUGCGACAGGGCUGCGGACGGAAAGGCUGCUCAGAGGCCACCGGCCAGGCCCGGCUCUUGUCUGGCAGCAUGGUGGGGGCACGGCCACCCAGGGCAGGACGGGCCAGCAGGCUCGCAGCUCGCGCCUCUGCCUGCACCCGUGCCGUCCGCGGGGUACGGGGAAGUGCGGAGUCACUCGGCCCGAGGCCAGGAGGGCGUCACCUGUCUGGCCUGCCGCCCGGCACAAGGCCAGAUCCAACUAGGUCUCAACAGCUGCUCACUCUGCAUAUACUGUUUUCCAUUUAUGGCAUAUGAUGGUGGGUUUCCAUAUUCAGUAAAAUGCAGUUUCUCAAGUUUAGAGUGAGCUGGGGUUUUUUAAAUGUUAGGAAACAACCACACCAGGUACCUGGAUGUGGCUGAAGUGCGAAGGUGCAUCCAGGCUGAGAAGCCCAGGUGCCCGCUCAGGGCCUUGGGUACUGCCCCCCACCUGUGAACAGAGGGCUUUCCUCACCAUUGGCUCCAUCUUGGAUGGAGGAAGCGCUCUCUAAACUUGGCUCCCCAGAGAGCCGGACGCCCUGCCAGUCUCCCACGGCUGACCCCAGGUUCAGUGGAGAGAAAAGGACGGCACCUGAACACGGGCUCUUGAAAGCGCCCAUCAACAAGUGGCAAAGAGGCGUUCUCGUUUCUGCUUAGAGGGGCUGUGUCCCCCGCUCCGACCACUGACUGAGAACCUGCUCCACCCGGCAUCUCAGGCGUCUGCCUCGGCUCAGGCUUCAGAGCCCUGUGCUGCUGCUGUCUGGGGCCCAGGUCCUCCUCGGCUCCGGUGGCGUUGCCGAUGGGCAAACUAAGACCUU